UCCGUGCUGUGGUGAGGUAGAAGUUCGCGGGACGGCGGGACGGUUCGAGACAGAAAGUGAUAAUGAUAAGGAAUUUUGUGUUUUUUGCUGCUUCGCUUUUGCUAUAAAUUUCGGAGCUCGAAUGUAAUCACAAGUUGGAAAUUUAAUUAUUGCAUAUUUGUAUUUCAUAUGCGUUGGUGAUAUUAUUAAAUCUGCGUCCAUUUUAUCAAAGGAAAUCACUCCGAAAUCAUAUCGAAUUUAAAUGACUGCAGUAGGUAUAUGUUUUCAAUUCUAAGAUGCUUCGUUUUUCGGAAUGAGAAUGGUAAUUCUAAGUACGUUUCUCUAACAAGUACCAAAGGUUGCACCAACGUAUUCACCUGAACAUAAUCAAAAUACAGCAUUUCAACAGAAGCUUUGAAUUUGACUAUGUCAGGACCUCGUAAAAUGCGCAAGCUUCCGGGCCUAAAAGUGACUGUACCCGUCGAAAAACCUGAUCUAACAAUCCCUCGAAAUCUGGACAGAAAAACUACCAUAACGAUAAGGGAUCAAACGUUUAUCGUAGAGGCGGAUGAUUUGGAAAAAAUUUGCGAUUUGGGUAAAGGAGCCUACGGUAUCGUUGAAAAAAUGAGACAUAUCCCAUCUGGAACUAUUAUGGCUGUCAAAAGGAUUAGAGCAACAGUCAAUUCUCAAGAGCAAAAAAGGUUAUUGAUGGAUUUAGAUAUAUCUAUGCGGACUUCUGAUUGUAAAUAUACUGUGCAGUUUUAUGGUGCUUUAUUUCGCGAAGGUGAUGUGUGGAUAUGUAUGGAAGUUAUGGAUAUGUCACUGGAUAAAUUUUAUGAUAAGGUAUACAGAAAUAAUCGUGAAAUACCAGAAAGUAUUCUUGGAAUAAUAACAGUUUCAGUUGUUAACGCUUUACACUACCUCCAUACUAAAUUACGGGUAAUUCAUCGUGAUGUUAAGCCGUCCAACAUAUUGAUAAGCAGGAUUGGCGAUGUAAAAAUGUGCGAUUUUGGUAUCUCUGGUUACCUUGUUGAUUCUGUAGCCAAAACGAUCGAUGCUGGUUGUAAACCAUAUAUGGCACCAGAAAGGAUAGACCCUUCGGGUAAUCCUGCAAAUUAUGAUAUCCGAAGUGAUGUUUGGAGCUUGGGGAUUUCAUUAAUUGAAUUAGCCAUUGGAAGAUUUCCGUAUGAUACAUGGGGAACUCCUUUUGAGCAACUGAAACAGGUUGUUAAAGAUGAUCCACCGAGCCUUCCUCCGAACAAGUUUACUUCUUAUUUUGAAAAUUUUGUAUGUCUAUGUUUGAAAAAAGAUUAUAAUCUUAGGCCAAAUUAUCAACAAUUAUUGAACCAUCCGUUCUGCAUUUCACAUAGCCAUCAUGAACGCGAACUUAUUUCUUCAUUUGUGACAGAAAUACUCGAUAUUAAGGAUUAAUUUUGUGUGUCUUAUGGCAAUAACUUGUUUUUUUAAGUCAUCACAUUAUUACUCCUAAUAAUAUGUAAGUUGAUGUGGAACAUCAAUUUUGUAAAGAUUUUAUAUUUAAUGUAAUAAUGUAACUGUCAUAAUUGUUUUAUACGUCACAUUGAUUCAGAUAUUAAAGAAAUGAAUAAUUCAGUAUUUUGAAUCAAUAGCGAUAUAAUUUUUUUUUUAAUUUUAAUAUCUUGUAAUUCACUAUGAAGUGUAUUGUGUGUGUUUUAUGGAUGAAAUAAAAUAAGAAGGGAGGUAUAUUGAAAUAUUACUGAAUAAUUAAAUGUUAGUGGUUUACGACUGCUAACAUUAUAUGUGAAUCCGUCAUUAGUAAUUUGUGAUGUUCACUAAACCAUGUAGAUUGACUAAUGUUUCAUUGUAGAAUUUGUUCACGCAGUACUAAUUAUGUUAAUGUAACCUAGCUGUUGGUGAUUGCCUGUACGUAUAUGCGUUUCAUUUUUUCUUUUUAAGAAAAAGAAUGCAGAUUCUGGUGUUUUUGUCGCCUUAUUCUUGUAACUUUCAAGAAUUUCUAUGUGCAAUAAUGAAUUAAUGAUAUUUGCGUAAGCGUAAAAAAUAUACUUGUGUGUCUAAUUAGCGGUUAGAAAUUUAUUUUGGAACCUAUUUCGAGCUUUCAUGAUCACCAAAAUAUAAGUAAGUGUUCAUGGAAAGUAGAAUCUAAGAAGUGUCAGUUAUUUUAAUGAUGUUUUACCACAUUUUUCUCAAUUAUAUAGUAAACUAGUU